AUCGCCGUGCGUUCAGCUGCUGGUCGAGUGCGACAUUUUGUGUGCCGCGCGGUUGUGGCUCGAUAAUCCGACUUGUUGCCCACUGCUGCCGUGCGUUUGGAAUUUGGACUCGUAAAAUACGUAGCGCGCCGCCGGACUCCGAUAGACCGGUCUACGGGCCAAGGCCGCCGCCGCCGUACGUGUUAACACGGUGCCGCCGUCGACUCGAUCAGACCAACGGCCGGUCAGGGUCGCCGCCUGCGGACAACUCCACGGGCACUGCAGCCGCCGCCACCCACCUCCGCGCAGCCACCGUCGUCGUCGUCGUCGUCGUUCGCGACACAAUAUUAUAUUCCGUUGAAGUAUAAAUAAUUUGUUUUUCUUCGAUCGGUGCCAAACGCGAAAUGGACCGAAGACCAUCGUCUCACGGAUCGCGUCCAGCGUCGUCCAAACCAUCGGCUCCUAGUUGCGUUAUAUGUUUUGAAAUUCAGUCAAUUUAUGCAAUCGGUGCGUGUGAUCAUCCUGUAUGCUACGAGUGUUCAGCUACUAUGAGAGUGCUCUGCGAUCAAAAGGAGUGUCCGAUAUGCAAACGAAUACUGACCAAGGUUAUUUUUACCAAAGAUGAGUUGGAUUUGUUUAAAAAUUUGGAAGAACGUUCAUAUCCACGUUAUAACAAAAAGUAUGGCAUUGUAUUUGGUGAUCUUUCUGUGGAAAAUUCAUUUGACCAAUUACUGCGUUCCUACUGUAAAAAAUGUCAUGAACAUCCAGAGUUUACAGAAUUUGAACAAUUAGCUACACAUAUGGAACGAAACCAUCGUCUUUACACUUGUCGUCUUUGUGUGAAUAAUUUAAAGAUAUUUCCAAGCCAAAGACGUUGGUAUAACCAAGACGAGUUAAUGAGACAUGAAGAACAUGGAGACCCCGAUAAUACAUCUCACCAGGGCCAUCCUGAAUGUCAAUUUUGUAAAGUUCGUUGCUUAAACAAAGAAAAACUCAAUAAACAUUUAAGGAAAGAGCAUUUAUUUCGUGAUUGUUGCGAUGCUGAUGGUAUUCAAGACUACAUUGAUAACAAUAGCUACAACAGCCGAAACAACAAUUCCGCGGUGACCUCAGGCACCAGGAAACAAAACCAAUCGAUCAACACACGAGAUUUACAUUUGUUUCCACCCUUGGAACAGGACCUGCAGCCGUUGGUGGUGCCCAAGGCUCAGAAACCACCGAUGAACAGCAUCCGAAUGAAACCAGUGGAACUCCCUAAACCGGACCAAAACAAAGACGCCAAGGUGCCUUCAGGCCCACUGUUUGCACAACCAGGCCAGGAACUUUCAAUCGCUAGACGGAAACCAAAGCCAAAACCACCAGCCACAGCAGCAGCAACAAAACCUGCAACACCCAAGGUUGGUCGCCAACAAAGAGAUGGUGGUGGCCAGUGGUUCGGGUGGUGGCAGUUGGGUGUCUAAAGCCAAGACGGGAAACGAGAGUGAAAAAAAAAA